AAGAAGUUAGAUUAUGGCCUACAAGCGUGCUAAAAAUUGUCAAAAGCACCCUUAACAAUUGACAUUGCCACACCUUCAGGUAUUACAGUGAUUAGGUUGCACCUCAUCCGCAAAAUGUCGUUGAUGUACUCCUUCACUUGCCCCACAAUUUUCCCCGCUAAAAGAACCCUCUCCAACUCUUUCAUCUCUUUCUUCCAUCGGAACACACCAGUUCUUACUCCACUUCAUCAAAAGGUUUCCUUCACUUCUUGCUCAGGAGGCUCGGAUUUGGUUGACGAAUUACAAGCAGAAGAAGAUGCUUUUUCCGGCAGUCGACAAAUCACCAAUUACACCGGCGUUCGGCUCGAAGAGAGCGUUGAAGAUGUUGGAAAGACGAGGCUCGAUACUUGGAUUUCUACUCGGAUAAAUGGCAUUAGUCGAGCUAGGGUUCAAUCAAGCAUUCGGUCAGGACUCGUCUCCGUCAAUCAUCGUGUUAUUGUUAAGACCUCACACAUGAUAAGACAUGGCGAUAAGGUUGAAUGCACAAUAUCAGAAUUGCAACCCUUAAAAGCUGAAAGCGAAGAUAUUCCUUUAGAUAUUGUGUAUGAAGAUGAACAUGUGUUGGUUGUUAAUAAACCUGCACACAUGGUUGUUCAUCCAGCACCUGGAAACACUACUGGAACACUAGUAAACGGCAUUCUUCAUCAUUGCAGUCUCUCAACACCUUCAUUUCACGAUCAAGAAUUACUCUCAGAUUCUGAUGAAUUGUCUGAUAUCGAGUUAGAUGAAUCACAAUCACCCUUAAAUCACACUUUUGGCACCAAUGAAACAUCUGUUCGACCUGGGAUUGUGCAUAGAUUAGAUAAAGGCACAAGUGGAUUACUAGUUGUUGCCAAGGAUGAACAUUCACAUGCCCAUUUAUCUCAACAAUUCAAGGAACACACCAUUCAAAGGAUAUACAUUAGUCUCACAUGUGGAAUUCCAUUUCCGCCCUCAGGACGCGUUGAUAUUCCCAUCGGUCGUGAUUUGACCAAUCGGAUUCGUAUGACUGCCGACACGGGACCCACCAAAUGUGGAAAGUCUCGUUAUGCUGCUAGUAGGUACAAAGUAGUUGAGAUACUUGCUGGUGGUGGGUCCGGAUUGGUUGAGUGGAGGUUAGAGACGGGUCGCACCCAUCAGAUUCGAGCACAUGCAAAGUACCUUGGGAUUCCUCUAAUGGGAGAUGAGGUGUAUGGAGGUACUAAGAACAUGGCCAUAUCACGACUACAGCUCAAAAACUCAUCAAAAUUACAUGGUCAACUUUCAGAGCUUGUUGCUAAAGUCAACAGACCUUGUCUCCAUGCUUUGACUCUUGGAUUUACGCAUCCUUGUACAGGAGAGAAAAUGCAAUUUUCAUGUUUGCCUCCUGUAGAUUUUGCAGAAGUUUUAACUGGACUUCGGAAUAUAAGCACACACAAGAUGAAGGGGAGCUAAAUGCUUAAUCAAGUUUUGGUCAUUCAUUUUUGGCGUUUGGGAGCAGUUGAUUGAAGACAUAUCAUAUGUUUGUUAGGGAGUGUUUGGAUGUGGGUUUUGAAAGUAAUUAUUUGGUACAUGAAGCAAUCAGGAUAAGGAUACUUUGUUGAUUGAAAUUGAUUAGUGAUGAUAAUAGAGUAGUAGGUAGUAUUCUUAGAUAAUCAGUUUUCUCUCUCUCUCUCUCUCUCUCUCUC